AUGUCGUCUUACUUCGCUCUACGCCGAAGUAGUCUUCGACUCGGAGCUCUCCAGAACCAGAUUCUAUCUCCAGCGACUUCAGUUCCAGUGUUUCCGACGACUCGUCCGUUCACUUUCGUCCGCAAAAUGUCCAUCCCCACCACCAUGAAGGCCAUCGUGGUCGAGAAGACCGGCGGUCCCGAGGUACUCGAGUUCAGGACCGCCCACCCAGUGCCGACUCCAAAGGAAGGCGAAUUGCUGGUGAAGAAUAACAUCUCCGGCGUGAACUUCAUCGAUACAUACUUCCGGACUGGGCUGUAUCCCUCGGCCAAGCCCGAAAUCCUUGGCCGCGAGGGUGCGGGCACAAUCGUUGCCAUUGGCCCCAAUACGUCCGGCUUCCAGGUUGGAGACCGAGUUGCUUGGAUGGGCAUGAGUGGAUAUGCCGAGUACACCGCGGCACCAGCGGCCAAGACCGUGAAAAUCCCAGAUGGAGUCAGCGAUGAGGAUCUCAUGGCCUCCUUCUUGAGUGGCCUGACUGUCCUUACAUUAGUGAAAGAGACUUACGCCGUGCAAAAGGGUGAUUGGGUGCUUCUGCAUGCAGCUGCCGGUGGUGCGGGCUUCCUCAUGACGCAGAUCCUCAAGUUGAUUGGUGCCAAUGUCAUCGGCACUGCUGGCGGCGAGGAGAAGUGUGCGCUCGUUAAGAGCCUCGGCGCAGAUGUGGUCAUUGAUUACCGCAGCGAAGAGGGCAAAGACUGGGUGGAGAAGGUCAAGGAGGCUACCGGUGGCCGCGGUGUGGACGUUGUCUACGACUCGGUCGGCAAGGAUACUUGGGAGGGCAGCUUGGAAGCUGUGAAGCGCAAGGGUACCAUUGUCUGGUUUGGUAAUGCCAGUGGUCCUGUGCCUCCAAUUCCCCUUACUAAAAUCUCUCCCAAGUGUGUCAAGAUUGCUCGCCCUACUCUGUUCGGCUACAUCGAAACCCGCGAGGAGUUCCUCUACUACACCAAUGAGCUCUUCACGCUGCUCAAAUCGGGGCAGCUCAAGGUCAAGAUCCAUAAGGUUUAUCCCAUGGAGGAUAUCGCCCAGGUUCAUCAGGAUCUGGAGGGCCGCAAGACCAUGGGAAAGCCUCUUGUGAAGCCUUGA